GCUAAAUCUCGAUUGGGAUACGACUCAGUCGAGUGCCCCCCAUUGCGUCACUGAUACCUGACCUUACCGCAGUGUAUAUGAAUAGAUCAAGGUAUGUUCCAAAGUGCUAUUUCGAAUCUAGAAAAUAAAAUACACGGAAUUACUAUCGGAAUUACUACAAAGUGUUGGCUUAACCUAGGUUUAUCUGAUACCGAUUGUAAUAUUUAAAAUAACUAAACCGAAGAGUGUAUCAAUACAACAUGUCAUCUAACGACGAUAAUACAUUUCAGCAGCCCCGCGAACAAAGCGAGGGACAGCAGGAGAAACAAGAGCAGUCAACUUCGCAAGCCGAACAAGAACAACAACCGGCAGAAGAUCAGAGUAACAGUCAGGAUCAAUCGCAACAGAAUAGCGACCAACAUAACGAAAAUGAAGCGAGACAACGCGGCGACAAGGCGAACGAGAACGGCGACGAGAAGGGUGAGAAGGCGAACCCUCGGGCCCAACCCAAGGCCAAAUCUGAGAAGAAGAAACAACCUCAAACUCAACCUCAACCCGCCCGCGCCGAGUCAGAGAAGCCUAGUCGAUCACGACGACGCCGCCGUAAUCAUCCGGCGUGGAUGGAUGAAGAUAAGGAGAAUGGCUACGAAAAACAGGUGGCACCUCGUAGGAAACGUCAGCCGUCACUACAGUACCAGCCCCAACAGCAGAUGCAGCAGCAGCAGAUGCAGCAAGUACAGCCACAGCCUCAAAAGCAAGAUGGUGGAAAGAAUCCGCUGAGGUUGCGGUUGGAUCUCAACCUCGAAAUAGAGGUGACAUUAAAAGCUCGGAUCCACGGUGACGUGACUUUGUCUCUCUUGGAAGGGUUAUGAGCCUGCAUCAUUUGGCUGUAAGAUGUGCAGGGGAAAGGGAGUUACGAAACGAACCCUUCGUUAUUAUAAAUAUGCGAUAAUGACUGCCUUAUUUUAACUCGUGCCGAUAGCAAACGGAUACAUUGCUAAGCUUCCAUCUUCGUAGGCGUUGAGGAUAAAAAUGCUUUAGGGGUUGAGGGGCUGAGGGGUUAAAGAGGUUAAUACCUAUGGCUUAACUAUAUGAGCGAUACAAUUCUGUAAUUACCAUGAUGCUUUCAUUCUAAUAGGUAAAGAAGUAAUUAGCUAUAAGAUGCUAGUUAAUAAUUUGGACUCGUUGGUCUGAACAUUCCGACAAUCUUUUGUGAAGGCUUCAG